CAGACAGAUAGAUGAUAGAUAGAUAGAUAGAUAGAUAGAUAGAUGAUAGAUAGAUAGACAGAUAGAUGAUAGAUAGAUAGACAGACAGACAGACAGACAGACAGACAGAUAGAUGAUAGAUAGAUAGACAGAUAGACAGACAGACAGACAGACAGACAGACAGACAGACAGACAGAUAGAUAGAUAGAUAGAUAGAUAGAUAGAUAGAUAGAUAGAUAGAUAGACAGAUGAUAGAUAGAUAGACAGAUAGAUGAUAGAUAGAUGAUAGAUAGAUAGAUAGAUAGAUAGAUAGAUAGAUAGAUAGAUAGAUAGAUAGAGAUAGAUAGAUAGAUAGAUAGAUAGAUAGAUAGAUAGAUGAUAGAUAGAUGAUAGAUAGAUAGAUAGACAGAUAGAUGAUAGAUAGAUAGAUAGACAGACAGACAGACAGACAGACCCAUCCUCUAAGGGAGCAGUGAGCUGCAUACACGGCGGCAUUUGGGAACUAUUUGGUGGUUUAAUCCCCUUAAUGUGUGCGAAGUGGAGAGGCAUUGGGUCCCAUUAGCUCUUUUUACAAGUAGGUUUGGGCAUCGUUUGAUUUUGAACAAUUCCGAUUCUGAUUCCAAUUCCAAUUCCACGUUUCGAUUCCGGUUCCCAUCGAUUCCCGAUUCCGAUUACGGUAUUUCAAGACAUGACAUGCUUUACAUGAGCAAGCUUAACACAGGUCCUACUUUAUGAAAUAAUCUUAACUUCAACAUGAAUUUUAAUAAAUGAACAAUAACAUCCCUUCAUUUAGAGAAAAACGUGUUUUGGAGAAAAAAAGAAAAAGACUUGCAGCACAAGCAGUGUGUUUGUUUCUGACCAUGACCAGAGUCUAGAAGAAGCCUCUGGGAUGAGAGGCUAAAUGUUGAACCCUUGAACCUCUAACACGUUAUUGUCUAGGUUUGUGGGAUGAGCAGGGCAGUCAGGUGGCCUUUAUUAGGGUACACAGCUUUGAUUACAUUCAGAAAAUGACUGACUAUAGUUUUCAGUUUAUUUUCUUUUUGGACACAUUGUUGUUGUUCAGAGAUUUUCUAUUGGAAGUUCAAUUUACAUUUUACUUAGUCCACACCAGGAAGGCUGACACAGAAGUGCAUUUGAGUUGUCAUGCUGAGCAUGAACAUGAAAACGUUGAGUUCAGAUGCAUGUCAUGUGGGAUUUUCAGUAAUGAACUACAGCAAAAGGAGCGUGUCAUCAUCAGUGGACUGUGUUUGGUUUAGCCCAGAGUCUGAUGGGUUAGACAUGGUUAUGAGCCGAUGUUUUCCAACUGGGUCACCCAGGGAUGGAAAUAAGACUGUUUUCCAAUGACGGCUUGGCCUAUUAUUCCCAUUUGCCAAAAUGUGUUUGGUGAUAAUGUGAAGUGAUUGGAAGAUAUACAAGCCAAAUCCUGUUCACAAGCCUUUGGCUCACAACCUCUUUGAACUUCAUCCCUAAGACCAGCUCACACUAACUAGGUCUGUGUUGCUGUCUGAAAGCUUCUGUUCAAGAGAAGCAGAAAUGUGUGAGCCACUCACAGAAAAUCAGCAAAUACUGGCUUUAUUGUUUAUACUUUAUUUAAUCACCACGAGCAAACACAACGAAUUUGCAAUCAAAUGAAAUGUCAUUAUAAGAAAUUGUUUUGAGAACUUUAAUUAUGACAUUAAUUUUCAAGUGUCCUAAAAUACUUUUUUUUGUUUUUGACCUGAAAUCUUCAUAGCUGCUUAUUAUAUGUCACGUUUAGGAGAGGAGGUUGGACCCAGGAUGCAGAAGUACCCAGGAUGACUCAAAGGCAGGAGAGGUUUUAAGAAAGAAGAUAAUUCCUUUCCUGAAAGAUGAUGUGCUGAAAAGUCCAAAGCACAAAAUAAGACUAACAUGCAAAAACCUGAAAACCCAAAACUAGCAAAGCUCACACAUGGGCAUUGACUCGGAGAGACUCGAGAGGGGAACAAACAACACAACACUUAGGACAAUGACCCAACAAACACUGAAGGACAAGACAGGCUUUUAACACAGAGGGAAGCAAUCAGGGGAACAGGUGACAGGUGUGAGGAGUGAGGCCUAGAGCAGGGGUGGGCAAUUAUUUUUUCCAUGGGGCCACAUGAGAAAUAGAAAAUAUUGUGGAGGGCCAGGCCAAAAGGCUGAAGUCAAUUAUGCAUAAUAUUAAUGGCAUUUCUUUAUAAAAAGCAGUAAAUACCAUUGUUUCUUCAAGCUGGUAAGAGUAGACUAUAUGUUAUAAAUGAGCAAAAAGGAAAAAGUGAGGUUGUCUUACAAAAAUGUGAUUUAUUCAAAUUUCCCAAGGCAAUGGUAAACAAAGUGUGCACAUUUGGUUUUUGUUAAACAUUUGUGACUUAUAUUAGUUAACAGUUUCAGUCACAAUCACUCCAAAACACAUUCUGAGUUUCAAAUAUUGUUGGAAAGAGGUUCUUAGCAUUCUACAGACACACAGUAUUGUCUGUAAAAUAAAAUCACUGAACUGUGAUCUUGAGAAAGAGGUUUAAAAAAAGUGUCCCAGUUCACUGCUAGUUGCCUACAUUUGUGGUCCAAACACCUUAUUUUGUGUUUUUAAGUGAUUUUUUUCUUAUUCAGUGAGAGAAAUCUAGUCUCUGCUGGGCUUUAACGAGUGCAUCAAAGUCAGGUUGAAUGUCUGAGGUGGAGAAGCGAAGCACAGCUGACAAAUGAUCAUCAGUGAGAGAGGAUCUAUACCUGGAUUUUGUAAACUUCAUCAUUGAAAAUGUUUGUUCACAAAUGUAGGUAGAGCUGAAGAGAACCAACAUCUUCUGAGCAUGUCUCCUCAGGUUUGGAAAGUCCUCCUUAAGAGAAGAGUAGAAAUCCAGCAGAGAUCCUGAAUCUCUGCUUUCAAGUCCCAAACCCUCUUCAGCACUUUCCCCAGGCUGAGCCAUCUGACAGCUGUGUGGAGUCCUCCACAAGAGCCACAAACUGUCUGUGAUUCAUGGCCCGCGCCCUGAUGAAGUUCAUUAUUUUAGUAACAACAUCAGUAACAUGGUUGAUUUUUAGCACUGACUUGCACAACACAUGUUGGUGUAUAAUUCAAUGCAAAAACACCUAUUUUUGAUCUGCAUCGAUUUCUGUCACUUUAUCUUGCAUGCGUUUCAAAAGUCCGACAUUUUUCCAUGUAAAGCCGGGCGUACACUGUGCAACUUUUUCACUCGCAGCACUCAGCUUCAGCUCAAAGUGUACGACUUCCUUGCAGAGCAGAUCUCACGAGUCAUGUGCUCACACUGUACGACCCAGUUCUCGUAUGCGACCUGACUGCUCACACUGUACGUCUGGUAGCAACACGUCGGCCCUAAAAAUGUGCUAAAAAUAGCAGUUUUUACUCAACACGUCAGAGUUUUUUGUCUUGUCUUGCCUGUUGUCCUUCGGGAGUGCUGCAGGAGGACACACAGGGAUUUAUGGGGGAUGGAUGAGGAAAACGAAAUAAAGAAAGUAAAUCUGUGUUUUGUGAUCAGUUUAAUUUGACAUGAACACGACAAACACGCUUUCUUGACAAUCUUUGUGAGUAAAAAAAACGUGUAGAAACAAAAACGAACAGCGUGUGUUAUUAGGGAAAUAGCGAGCGACCGGCGUUGAUGCAGGAUUGCGCGCGCAUGCGCCGUGAGCGGUUCUGAUACUUUUUGGCUCGCAGCUGCUCGCAGCGCCGCUUCAACAGUGCGAUACCCUCACGAGGGACGAGCGAAAUAUUAAACACACCAGAGUGCGACCACACGACUGCUGAUCGGCGGCUGGUCACGUGGUGUUAAUCGCCUCUCGUAACCCCCUGUACACUACACGACCGCUCGGCGCAAAACUCGCCCCGAUGUCGUGGCUUCUCGCACGACUGGAAAAUCGGCUCAAAAAAGUGAAAAAGUCGCACAGUGUACGCCCGGCUGUGACAGUCUCUCCCGUUUCAAUCCCAGAGUGUCCGUGCACGCAUUUACCUCUGUAAAAAGAUCACUCCCUGUCGUUGUCCCUUUCAUCGACCGCAUUGCUGCCCGCUCCUCUGUGAGCUUGAAGUCCGUUAUCCCCGGACAAAUACGAGCAGCUGGGCUGUGUCCCGGACAUCACAGCUCCCGUCUAAUGAGAAAAAGUCCAAACUUGCCACUUCACGUUGCAGCUGAAGCUCCAGGUUCCCCGCAAUGUCCUCAAUCCUCCUGGUCACGGUUCGCCUGGACAGCGGGAUUUGCUCAAAUGCGCCUUUUUUUUUCAGGGCAUAUUAGUGCGGCAGAGUCCACCAUGCACUCUUUGACAAACUCUCCCUCCGAAAACGGCUUGCUGUUUUUAGCUAUUUUGUGGGAUAUCACAAAGCUGGUCCUGGUUGCUGCAUCCCUGGAUGUGUGAAGCUUAGUAAAAAAGCCUUGCUGCUUUUGCAACUUUGCAAGCAAAGCUUCGGAUGUCCGUGCCCUCUCAGCUCUCAGCAUCAGACAAGUUCUUGUAUUUUUCCGAGUGUUUCUUGUCGUAAUGCCGACUCAAAUUGUAGUCCUUAAACACGGCAAUCUCCUCCCCGCAAACCAAACACACGGCUUUACCUCCGACUUCAGUAAAAAAAAUACUUAGCAGUCCAAUUUUUGUUGAAAAUCCUGCAUUCGGCAUCUUUCUUUUUUUUUUUUUUUUUUUUUUUUUUGCAUGAGCGGACAUUUCUCAGGCUACAAUCACCAUGUCAACCGCGGGCACUUGUUGCUAUACGUAUUGCGUCAUUGUGCACGUAAAAAACAACUUCAAAAUAAAAGCAAUGCAGCCUUAGCCCAUGCAUGAGGUAAAAUGAGAAAAUACAUUUAUUUUGUAAUUUCCAAUUAACCUUACGCGGGCCGGUCAAAGUCAACCAAAGGGCCGGAUGUGGCCCGCGGGCCGUAAAAUGCCCAGGUCUGGCCUAGAGGGAGGACAGGUGAAAUCAAUUAACUAAAUGGGAAGGGGAAAACCAAGCAGAGGAGAAGAUAACAUAACCUAUAAAAACACUAAAUAACUAAACCUAGAAACUAAUUGCAGAAAUAAACAACUAUUAACUAGAGGGGUGAGGAGGACUGAAGCAAACAAAUGGGAAUUACAAGGGAGUGACUAGGGGAACACAAGAAGACACAUGAGGAGAACCUGAGAGAGAACAGGAGGGGGCUGGGGACCAAGGAGACACAGAACAGGACAUUAUAAUGUAGUUUUGCCCAUGAUGACGUGAAUUAAUUUGAGUACUCAUUCAUGCUUUAAAUAUGUCGGUAAGAAGAAUUGAUAAUUAGUUGCUCUCAUAUCCGUUUUGUUCUGGUUUUUUUUUACUUUACUCUUUUCUUUUGAACCUGUUCAUAUAAGUGUUGAGUUUUGCUCAUCCUGAGUGUUUCUACUUUUAGAUAUUUAUUUUACUAGUUUCUUCCUGUCAAAGGACUCGACAUGACGUCAGUGAAGAAUUUUCUGUUCGCUCUAAAUUUAGGUAUUUUUGCUAACAGGAUUUAAGGAGCAUUGGUCUUUUUAUAGAAUAGUUUGUUCAAAGCUCCACGUGUUGUAGCUCAUUGUAAGGCGGCCGCCGUGUCUGUUUGGCUAAUUAGCAGAAGGAAGAGAAAGGAUGCAUGUGCAGUAACAGAAUAAUUGUCUUGCCUAUUGAGUACCGCUAGUUUAGAGUGAUGAUGACUGUUUAAAAAAAUCUCUAAUAACAAAUGGAAAUACACAAAUGCAUUUCUCCUGCAGCGAGACUCGACACAUGCACACAUUUAGCAUUUACAUGUGUUUUGUAGACACUUGACCACAAAAUCACAAGUGUCCCUAAAACACUCUUUGCCUGCAUAUGGACUUACAGACACAGCAUGCUUAGAGUAAACAGUUGGACCAUUACCAGAUAUGCUCUGGCUCUCAGAGCGAGAUAAUCUGCCACAGCAGCCAACUGGCUUUUCAGUCAGGAUGAUUCUGAUCUCCUGUUGUACUAAUAAGAUGUAGCAUGCUUGGUUUGUUAGAUGGGAACUAUGGCUGGCUUGAAAAUGAAGGUAACUUUGUGAACCUGAAGGUCGUAUGUUUCUGUUCAGGUUAAUUCAGCAGUGAGCUCAGUCCUUCUAGCCCAGGCUAACCGAAGCAGCCAGCCCCAUGCUUCCUCAUGGUGUAGUUCUCUGUGUAGAAACGGGACGAGUCUGGCAGGCUAGGCUAAUCCCUCUUCACACUGAGCUCACUGUGAUUGCUAUUGAACUCGGCCUUGAAUGCUAAGCAUGUGCACCGCAGGUAGACAAGCAGCCAGGCGUCGCGCCUCCUCAGUCUCACGCACGCACGCACGCACACAAGCAAGCAAGCAGUAGAGGGAGUAUUUCUCCUGAGCUCAUUGGAUUGUUUUCUUUUAUUCUCCCCUGCAGAGAUCAGGAUGGGGACAACAAGACUAUUUACAGAUGCAUUUCAGUGUUUAAACGACUUUUCUUUACUCACCUAGAUUUAAAACUUUUUGGAUAUUGUUAGUUUUGUUCUCCUAGAGUGAAUUAUUUCACCAUAGUAACCCUUUUUGUUAACUCUCAAGUGCAAACAUCCAUCCAAAAUAAAAACAGGAUGAAGUUGAAGACCAGGAUGGCAGGUUUUAGAUAUGUGAAUCGUUGGAUUAAUGUUUUUUGUUCAGGUUGAUCGUGCUUUUGUUUCACUCCUGCUAUGUUUUUUCCAGUUUUACCAGUCUCACGCCACAUUCUAUUGUGAUUUUGUCUCCUCAGCACACUAGACGUUUGUUCUCUUUCAGUUUUGGAAAACAAAUGUUUUCAGUUUUCGUCCCUUAUUUCUUCAUAGGUCUGUGUUUGAGUCCUUCAUCUCCUUUCUCACAUUAAAACAUCAUUUAUACCUGACUUCCUCCUAUUUGAAAAGUUUUAUUUUUAGACCUGUGUGAAACUGCCCUGAUACUUUUUUCUAUUCUCACACAUUCAAGUAGAGCAAAAGGGGGAAAAUCCAGUUAGACUUCCUGCCGUGUCAGACACAGGGACAGCCAGACUUUGUUUUUCAUCUGUGUGCUCCAUUGAAUUCAGGUUGUGUGUUUGUGUGUGUGUGUGUGUGUGUGUGUGUGUGUGUGUGUGUGUGUGUGUGUGUGUGUGUGUGUGUGUUUGUGUGUAGGUCGUGUAACUAAAGGGCAAAAGGAAAUACUCGUCCUGCAGUAAUGAACUGUUAUUUGAUCGUGUCUCUUGGUGUAAAAUAUGUAAUAACUUACUUAUGGGUGUUCUAAUUCGUCAAACACAUUAUGAAUUUAGGUCUUGUCUGUAAAAAAAUAAAUCUGUUAGACAGAAAUCUUAGAUUCAGACUCAGGACCAAAGCAUGGGGUAAAAACUAGUGAUGCACCGAUAUGAAAUUUUUGGGCCGAUACCGAUAUCCGCUUUCAAAAUCACUGUUAUGGCCGAUAACCGAUAUUUGCCAAUACCGAUAUACUGGCGUUAAUACUUCUAAAAUCAUCAGAUUUGGUAUAGAAUGAAAAUUAUUAAAACUGAUUUUAUUAUGUACACACAACACACACACAUUUAUGGUUCUGAGAUGAUUUCAUUCACUGUUCUCUUGACUAAACAGUUACACAUCACCCCCAUCACCCUCUAAAACAGGCAAACAAAUGGAGACAAGAUGGAAAAACAUAUCAUUGUUAAUAUCAGCCCAGUUUUAUUUAUUGAACCGAUAACCGAUAUGUUAAAAAAUGACUAACAUCGGCCGAUACCGAUAUUGAUGCAGAUAUAUUGCCCAUCCCUAGUAAAAACACACAUCAGCACCUAGCAAACACCAGGGCAGAGUCAUUGAUCAGAUUCACUAGUAUGGAUUUUUCUUAAUUGCUAUUCAUAGCAGCUCCCUGCUUUGUGCACAUAUAAACAAACCCCUCAGACAUAAAUACACCACCAUCUGCUAAUUUGCUCCAUCUGUUGUGAGCUGAAUGCUCCCCUGAAGUCAACUGGAGUUCGUCUGCAACAUCACAUUUCCAACUUCCAUCCCAAUCUCUCUGAAGGUCAGACUCUAGGAGUUUUUUGUGAUUUGUGUUUUGUAGGAAGCCUUUUCUUAAACUACAGAUGAGCAACGCUAUGUCAGCAGCCCCGCUAUCUCCAAACCCUCAGAUUAUUUCUGUUUCCCACCUCAUCAUCAUCUUCAUCUUCAUCGUCAUUAUCUUUGUCCUCUGACUCUCAGAGGCUGAUCUUUUUCUGGAGAGCACUGAUGCAUCAAGAAGCCAGGUUCCGCUCUGUCACCCGUCCAAUCGCCAGCGACCCCUCCCCUGAACAUCAGCCAAUUGCUCUCCGGAGAUGGCCCGUGGGGGAGGGGCUGCACUGUCACAGAUGGGAGGAGGCGAGAUGUUGGUGUGCGUGUGCUCGCUUGUUGCUCCUUGACUUGAGGAGUAUAAAGGAUGCUUGGCUGCUCCAGCAACAGAGGAACAUGAUUGUAAAGCCAGCUCCAUCCUCUACAGCUGAUGCAUUUUCAGGUUUUCAUUGUGUUGCUGCAGAAUUAGAUGCCUACUUACUGUAGAGGAUUAUUCAUCUUUUUUAUUUGUUGAAAUGGCCGGUGAAGCACUAUCGGACCCUUUUUGGAACUGUAUUUGUGACAACAUGAUAGUAAUUGAGAUUAUUUUCUUGAUCAAGCAGAUUUGUGACUCUCGGACUGCUGCAGAGACUCAGAACUAGAUGAUCACAAAGAGACCUGAAUGUUUUUGUGACCUUCACUCAUGAAUACCCAGUUUGUGUUUGUUGCAUUGGGAUUAACCACAGGAAGAUGACUGGCAAACUUGCAGAGAAACCUGCGAGAUGAGGGCCUAGACUCUUGACAAACUUGAUUAUUCUUUUUAGAAGUGGAAGUUUUACGUCUGUCACCUCUUGGUUUAUGGAUGACAUCCCUCCCAUUCCAAACAUGCUACUUGCUUUACUGGUCAUUUGACUGGUUUUAGUGGAACUAAAAACAAGCUGUAGACAUGUCCAUCCAGAUCCUGUCUGUGUCUCCUGGUAAGUAUGACAUGAUUCUGCACAGCUAGAAUGAAUUAUUUAGUGUCAGGGGAGCAAAGAACCGCAGCAGAGACAAAUUAGGAUGUGCUGAUUUCUUUUUGCGGUGUUUGGCUGCAAACUCAGCAGCCUCAUGGAGAAGUAAUUUUGGUCUGGAGGCUUACUAAUGAAUGCAUGCAACUUAGGGAGUCUCACCUCUACUCCUGCAAAGAUUUGUGUUUUCAUGGAUGAUUGUUGGUUUGCAGUGCUGAUACCAAUUUCUGAUGUUUGCACAGCUCUCUGACCUGCGGAUAUGGAUUUUAGCUCAGUCCAAUUCAACUACAAGAGCUCUAACCAACAAAAUACAUUUAAUUUAAUUUUUAUUUUUUAUUUCAGAUAAAAUGAAAAAUCAUAAUUAUGGAAAUACAAAACUUACUCAUGAAAUCUGCUUGUCAACAAGUGCAUUCAUAAGUUAAAAAGAUAAAAUCUGAUUUGGAGUUUGCGAUCAACCAAUCAUCAGCUAAGCCGAUCAUGCUCAAUGUCGGGUCCAAUAACCAGCUUACAUACCGGUGCCUCUCUAGUGGCAUCAGUCAUAAAGAAGAUUUAGGAAUGGUUAACCUAAUUUUUCCAGCUUUUGUUGGCAUAAAAUACAAUUAUGUAUUUUUGAGCUGAAAUGCUAUAAAAAAUCUUUGAUCACUAUGCUGAAAUUUUUGGGAAAAACUCUGUAAAAAGGAAAAAGUGAACCAAUCAAUCUGACAUUUAGCCAGUUCAAAUCAUAAGCUAAUUGUGUUCCGUAUUAAAGAAUUAUACAUUACCAUGCAGACGAAAAACUGACUGCAGAAACCUUAAAAUAGAACAUUUUUAAUUAGUACAUUUUUGGGAUCAGAGUAGUUUUAAGAUGGAAUCAAACCUUUACUUUAGCCGUGUUGUGAUUUGUUGUUUUCUUGUCAGUCUGAUCAGAAAUAAUCUCUUUGUCUCCAAACUGAGGUGGUUCAAGGAGCUAUCUAUAAAAUGUUACUUAAUCCUAAAUGUUUUACAAAAACUCAAAAGAUCUGAGUUGCUUUAAAGGUAUUUAACAUAAACAGAAAAAUAAAAUACAACAAACAAUAACAAUGAAAUAGAGCAGCAUUUAACUAUAGGAGGUGUAAUUGUUGAAAAUACCUCAGAAAUGUAAAAUUGUAAUGCUUACGUAAAUUAACGGUCAACAACACUGUAGUUGAGACACCCCCACUCCUCCACUGACACCAUAUGACCCCAAAUAGACAGAGAGAAGCUUCUUGACCAUGAAGAAAAGUGAACCGAUCCGUAAAAAUUUAAUAUUUAAGCAGCUCGUCAAUAUGAAUUUCCCUGCAGCUGGAUGAUGGGAAUAUGAGGGUCGGGAAUGCUGGGAACGUUUGCUUUAAUGCAUUCCUAUUACUCGCUUUGCUGUUUAAUGAAAACAAGGUCGGGUUGUGGAGACUACUUUAAAAUGUGUCUUUGAAAACUUAAAACCCACUAAUCUGCCUUUACCUUCUUGAUUUAUCUUCGGAGUCUUUGGUGGGGAUGAAAAUAGUUGGUGUUUUUUUUUUUUUUUUUUAGGAAUGUCUAGAAAUAAACUACUAAACCUAAAUGGUUAUGCUGGUGUGCAUAAUUCAGGAACAGCGUUCUCACUUUAUUAUGUUAUGUGCUGAGGUGGGGAUUAAACGUAUGUUAUAGUUUUUGUUUUGGAUCCGCACGAGCACAAAAGCCAACCAGUUUAUUUUGCACAAUAUUUAUCCUAGAACUUAAUAAAUAAUUAAGAUUUUUCUUUUGUGUUUUUGUGAGUAAUAGUUGUAUUUGUUGUACAAUAGCUGUAUAUUGUCUGCAUGUAUUUGAACCCCUGAAGUCACAAAGCCCUCAUCAAAAUGUGCUGAAGAUACUAAUUUAGGUUAUAAUCUUUUGUUUUUUUCUUCCUUCUCUUCAUCUGUGUCCUUUUGAGCCUCUCCAGGGGGAUGCUAGGAACUGAGACACCCAAGAGUCUAUGCAAAAUGUGGAAAAUAUCCAAAUGAAAUUAGAUUUGGAACGACUCAACUGUCUGAAUUAGUGUGAAAUGUUUCCAUUUGUAGAAAUACUGUCGUAAAUCGGUGGGGAAAUUAUCAACAUGUUUCUCGUAGUGUAGCCCAUGUUGUUGUUUAGUAAAUGAUUGUUUUUUUAGCUCAUGCAAAGGAACUGGCUUCUCUGUUGGAAUGUUUCUGCACAUGUGCAUGUGGUUAUUCAUGCAUACAGGUCAGAUGUUCCAUCCGAUAGUCUUGUAGCUCCAUGUUUGUAUAAACCAGUUGUUUUCUGGGUUGUAAUAACAACAGGAAGCCACAGGAUCCACCAGCUACCUUCUGGCAUGGAGAUGCUUUGGAGCCUGCAGUUGGCUGUCUCUCUCUCUGUGUGUGUGUGUGUGUGUGUGUGUGUGUGUGUGUGUGUGUGUGUGUGUGUGUGUGUGUGUGUGUGUGUGUGUGUGUGUGUGUUCAAUGGGACUUUGGUCUUUGUUGAAAGCAACUCUAGUGAAAACCUAUUCAAAGAACAAAGGUGUGACAUGACGAGGGAGGAAAAACAAGAUCCGGAUAGAAAAUGACAAGACAAGCGUGUUAGUUACAGAAAACCCUAAGUUAGGAAGAAAGCUGCAGAGGAUGUUAAAGGAGAAAGAUAUGCUGUUUUGCACCAGCAGCUCAUAAACAACCUCUCCUCUGAAUGUGCUCACACACACACAGAAAACCAGCAUUAUUAAAGAAUAACGUAUGGAAGGGCUAAAGAUCUGCACGGCGUGGAUCCUCCGGGACCAGGAUCUGACUGCUGAGUUUGUGAACAAUAGUGAUUCUGCGUCUAGCAAGCUGGCUGCCCUGCAGGUCCACAAUAACAGACGCAUCACAACAAACAAGCUGGAGGGGAUCACUUUGGUCUCCUGGGUGGAUUUUUGAAGCAAAAGCUGAACAUCUGCUUCACUUUUCUCAUUUUUCUGAAAUCAAGACCAACAAUAUAUCAACUUUAAACUGAAUUGUUUACCACAAGUUUAACAAAUUAUCGUAUUUGUUAACUUUUUUUUCGAAACAACGUAUUAUUUUAUGUGAGUAAUUUCAGCAUUAUCACAAUGCUUUUGUUAAUUUGAUGGAUAUGAAUUCUGUCCCAUGUUAAUUGUUGGGUUGGUCCCUCUGGUUUGCAGGAGCAAUUAAUCCUAUUAUCAGAGCUCAGCUGUCACUCCAAUGCUGUCAGCUGAGGUCAUGGAGAGGCUGACCUGAGAGUUCUGCUGCAAACUGAUGACCCUUAGAUUUUGUCGAGGGAUAUACGAAACUGGAAUUGUGUCACUGCUACAUACUUGUCUUCUAUUCAUUAUGCCAACACAUGCACAGGUUUUAUUGUGGAUUGACUCAUCUGUCAUCAGUCAAUAGAAAUGUGGCAUUGGUGGACAUAAAAUACAAUAUCUUCUCAAAUGUCAGUCAUUGGGAUUUUUUUGGCUAUUUUAAAGAAUGUUUGUAAAAAUGUUUAAAAAUCACUACCCUGUCCAUUAUAGGCAGCUUCCUAAAUAGUCUGAGUUGUAAGAAAUAGAUUUUAUGUCAGACAGCUAAUUUCAGUCCAGCCAAGAUGAAAGUGUGCUGAUGUUUUGAAAUAGCUUCAAUCUCCUGGAUUUUAAGGGCGUUCUGCUGUUAAUUUAAUGGCUGUUCUGGAUGCUAUAUAUAAGAGUUAAGAUAGAAAGUAUAGCUUUUUCACAGAAACACACUUCAAAAUGCUUAAAUUGUCAUUUGUAAGUGAUUUUUACUUAUUCUGAUGAUAUGUUGAUAUUACAUAGCAAUUUGGUGCAAACGUGUACCUGUUUCACAUUGUGUGCAUUUGGAUGUAUUUGUUUGAUUUGUUUGUCAGCUAUUUAUGUCUAAUGUACAUUUGCACUUUAUAGGGGACAUAUUAUGUUCUAUGAUCUAUAAAAAACUAGGGGAACAUCCAAAUUACGAUGAACUAAUCGGAAUAAAAUAACAGCUUGAGCCCAAGCGUCCCUUAAAUGGGAUCCAAAAAGUUUUGCAUAACAAUUUAUGCCAUAUUUAUCAAUAAAUAUCAACAAGCUGGACCUCUGAAAAACCACAGAGAAUGGGCUACAAGACAAUAUAAACCUUUUUAUUUGCUUUAAACAAUUUGAACUACAAUAAAAUGAAUCAUGAUAAAUCACUCUUUAUAUAGAAAAGGAAAAAAAAACAAUGUUUUACUGCUAUGUUUUCUAUCUGGUAGAAAGCAGGCAGGGGGUACAUUUAUCUAUAUUAGCUUUAUUACAGCAGGAGGGACAAGCAUACAUGCAGCAUUAAUCUUGUAGCUCUCAGCAGAACUUCCCCUGAACUCUACACUACACCUCUAUAUUUAGUAGCAGUGCUCUGCUGCCACCUAGUGUUCAGCUCAGUAUACAACAAUGUUCCAUGUGAUUUACAUUUAAUCAACAAUACAUUUACUAAUGUUUACACAUUCAGUUCCAUUCUUUUUAUUAUAUAGCACCAAAUCAUGAGAAGAGUCAUGUUACUUCACAAAGUAAACUUCAUAAAGUAAACUUUCCAAUUCAUUCAUUAUGCCACUCUGUAAAAAGUUUCUUACAUAAGAAACCCACAGAUUGCCUCAAGUCAGAGUCUUUACAGUAAUCCUCAUACAAAGCAAGCAUGUUGUGACAGUGGAGAGGAAAACUCCCUUUUAACAGGAAAAAUCAUCCCAACAAAUCCCACAAUGGUUGCCUUUAUAAUGAGACCAAAGUAAUCAAAUAGUUACAUAAAUAUACUCAUUAAAGUGUGGGUGUGUCAUCUGUGCCUCACUAACAUUAUUUGAAACAAAAAACAUUGCUUGGCGGCAAAUGGUCUUGAAAAAAUAAAAUGCGAUUAAUCAGAAUUAAUUAAUUACAAAGCCCAUGAAUAGUUAGAUAAUUUUUAAUCAAGUCCCACCCCCAAUAAAAACAUGUUUGGGAAGUUCUAAGCAUAACACUAAGCUGUUUUAACAAUGCCAAUGUCAAGUUCAUUUAUAAAGCACAUUUAAAUACAAUACAAAGAUUGCCCAAAGUGCUGUACAUCAGCAAACAACAAUCAAACAAAAACAGCAACAACAGAAUAAAAAGAGGAAAAUUACAUAUAAAUCAAGGUUAAGAUCAAUUAAAGGCAAGAGUAAAAAAGUUUGUCUUUAAAAGAUAUUUAAAACUACAAACAGAAUUUGUGGUCCAGAUGAUGAGCUAUUCCACAGUGUCGGGGCGGCUAUAGAAAACGUUCUAUCCCCCUAGACUUUAGCCUAGACGGCGGAACUCUCAGGAGAUGUUUAGAUGAGGAUCUCAAGGCCCUCGAGAGAGCGUGAACAAUAAGAAGCUCAGCCAAAUAAGAAGGCGCCAAACCAUGUAAGGCUUUAAAACAUAAUACCGUUUUUUAUAAUUAUCCUGUAAUCUACAGGGAGCCAGUGGGGGUCUACAGAACCGGAGUAAUACGCUCUCUCCUUGACAAAAGACGAGCAGCUGCAUUCUUUGCAACCUGUAGGCGAUGGAUGGAAGACUAGCAAUUUUAAUCGUGACAGAUUCAGUAUGAACAGUUUCAGGACUCUGUCAAAUUAAAAAGACAAGAUGGAGCUGGCCACACCCACCCAUCCCCCGCUCAGGGGGCUAUAAGCUGAAAAUAUUCUAGACAUCUGGGAGGGGUUCAUAGUGGAGCCACUGCUCAUCCAGCAGCAGCUCCCUCUGUCACAUGAGAAGUGGUUCGAGUUUAAUUUUCCCAUUUGUGACAUCACAAAUGGGGACUUGUUAAAAUGGCUUGCUUUAGGCACAUAGUUCCUAAAACCAAGUACUGACAGAAAACCAAUAGAUGGGUUAGUAGAGACCCACAUGGCAGUCCAAAAUAUGCUAAAUGUAAGUUUUACAUAAUAUGUUCCCUUUUUCUUAGAACCUCUUGAAUUCCCAUCUGAAAGUUUAUUGAUAAUAUCUGACUCUUUGGCUUCUCAAUCACUUUCUGUUUUCAGUCUCUCUUCUAUUUUCUCCUGAGAAACGUAACACAAGGACCCAAUUCUCUCUCUGCUACCUGCUUGUGAAGAGUUACUUGGUCUCUGUGGGUUUAUUGGCUCAAUUUUGUUGUCCAUCAGAGUGAUUGGGUGCUUUGGUCAUGGCAGGCUGCUGAUUGGUGCUCUCGGAGCCGUACAAAGCGUCCUCUGCUCUGCUUCAUUGAUGUGUUGAUACGGCUCAGCUGGCUGCCCAGAGACUUCCUACUGUAUUCUGCUGUGGGCGGACAGAUGUGCAUGGAUGCUCAGCACUGAAAAGACUUUUCUUCUUUGUAGUCACAGUUGCAGUCACACUUGGCCUCCUUGUUACAGAAACAGUGUCAGUUAUAACAUGGAGACAUUGUUUGAGGUCACAGCAAAGUCCAGUGUUUGACUGGACUUUGGAUCACUGUCCUGUUACUGAAGAUAGAUUAUUAAACAAGUUAUUUCUCCUUCUUUAGAAGUUAUAUAUGAAUUUGUUAGUCUAGUUGCCAUCUCUAACCAUAUCGAGGACAUUUCCAGGUCAUUAUUGUCAUGUUGUGCAUUUGCAGCUCCAGUGACCUGACUUAUCACUCAUCCAGUGUUCUUAGAGCUGACUCUUCACUUUCUUAAAGGUAACAAACCUUCAUAGUUAUUUAAUCCAACCAGAUUCAUCACACAUAUUCAAAACCUGACCUGCUUGCAUGAAUUCACCAACACAAGAUGCUCCAUUUUCUGUGUUUUUGAUUCCCUUUCAACAAUUUACAGAAUAUUUAGCAGCCUGCAGAACUUAACGUGUUUGUUUUGAUCCAUACACAAGUUGUUCUCGGUGUACUUACCGGUACUUAAUCAUGGGAUUUAUUUGGUUCAAGAACAGUUAAAACUGGUAGGUGCUACUGCUAAAUGAAGCUGUAAAUAUAAAAACUUGUAUUUUUUUAUUUGAUUACUAGAUUUGAGCAGAAAAAGAAAAAUAUAAUUGUUCAUAAACUUUUAAGUGCUAACUCGUGACUUCUGUUGACCUUUAUUUUAUGCCAGCAUUGACUUUUUAUUUUUAAAGUCCCAAAGAGCAAAAAUCCUGUCUUUGUGUGCUGAGUGAAUGUGGUCUUAUUUCAUUUCUUAGCUGAAAGGAUCCUGGCCCCUGAAGAACAACUCCGUAGAUAAAUGUCAUGUGGACUUUUGUGAGUAUUUGACUCCAACUUUGCACAGGAAGAGGCAAAUUACACACUUAAAAUUACACGCUGAUGAUGCUACUUUGGUGUUUUGAGGUGGAUUGACGUGUGUUAUUCAGGAUGUGAAAACAAAAAUAUUCAAGCAGGAUUGUAAAUAAAUGAUUUAGUUAUCAGUGUGUCUACUUUGAUAAAUUGGUUCAUUUUAGGUAUAAAAAUAGUAAACAUGUUUUUCUAAAAUAAUUUAAAUCUAAGACUUGCAAAAUGUUGGUAGUCAGAGUCUUAACUUGUGAUUAGUUCUUUCUAAAUUAUUUAUAGUCCUUUGAUAUUGCAAAAAGAUUGCACUGACCGACAGAGUCCGAGUGUUGCAGAGAAGAUUACAACCAAUCAUUUUAAAGCCUAUUUCACUCAUAAAUCCAGGAGCAACAACUUUUUGGCAGGCUUAUCCUUUUUUUCUCUGUGAGUAAAUAGGCACACAGACAUGGGAGAAACUUUACAUGCAAAGCAGCGCUUGUUACUAAAUCUUGUUAUGGGGAGGGGUUAGUGACACGAGUGGCACACGGCAAAGAAAAGCCAUUUGGUGAAGGCGAAAAGAAGCUGGCAGUGUCUUUGGCCUUCUGUGGCUCAAUGGGUAGCGGGGCGUUGACCGAUAUAUGGCACGACUGCUGUUCUGUUGCCGUACAACAAAAAGUACAGUGAGAAGGCUGGAACUGGAUGAGGGAAAACCUUGUAAGCCUCUGUUGGAAGUAGCUUGUUGGAAUUUAGCUGGUUGGGGCUGGUUUUGGUUUAUGAUGGCUGUGCUGGAUAACCACAGCUGGCAGUACGCCCAGGCUGGGAAAAUAUUGAUCAGACUUUCAGGGUUCCAUCGCAAUGAGGAUAUGAAGGCAAUUGAUGUUCUUCCCAUCCUCAAGGAGAAGGUUGCCUUUCUCUCAGGUGGCAGAGACAGAAGGGGAGGUCCAAUCCUGACUUUUCCAGCACGGAGCAAUCAUGACAGAAUACGACCCGAUGAUCUGCGCCGACUUGUAGCAUACAUGGCUACUAUCCCAAGCGAGGAGGUGGCCCGGCAUGGCUUCACAGUCAUUGUGGACAUGCGUGGUUCCAAGUGGGACAGCAUCAAACCGUUGCUGAAGAUCCUGCAGGAAUCUUUCCCUUCUUGUAUCCAUGUUGCUCUCAUCAUCAAACCAGACAACUUCUGGCAGAAGCAGAGGACCAACUUUGGCAGCUCCAAGUUUGAAUUUGAGACGGUGAUGGUGUCCUUGGAGGGUUUAACCAAGAUUGUGGAUCCUUCCCAGUUGACGGCUGACUUCGAGGGCAGCUUAGAGUACAACCAUGAUGAAUGGAUUGAGGUUCGACUCUGUUUUGAGACGUUUGCCAGUGAUGCAGCGCAAGCUUUGGCUCGCCUGGAGGAGCUCCAGGACACCUUGUCCCAGCGUGAUCUCCCACGGGACUUGGAGGGUGCUCGGCGGCUCAUGGAAGAACAUGCUGCACUAAAGAAACGAGCUACCAAAGCCUCCAUAGAGGAGCUUGAUGCACAGGGACGAAGGCUGCUUCAGAGAAUACAGUCGCACACUUCAGGACUUGGGACUGGUGGGGAAAGCGGCUACGGUAAUCGUGGUGUUGGAGCCAGCGGGGAUUCCAACGACCACCAUCAUGGGCUCCAUGCCGACGCGCACAAUCUCGUAGCUAAAGUGACAGCUCUGUUGGAUAAGCUGCACGGGACGAGGCAGAAUCUUCAGCAGCUGUGGCACAUGAGGAAACUGAAGCUGGACCAGUGUUUUCAGCUUCGGUUGUUCGAACAGGAUGCAGAAAAGAUGUUUGAUUGGAUCAUGCACAACAAGGGCCUUUUCCUCACCAGUUACACAGAGAUUGGAGGAAACCACCAGCAUGCGGUCGAGCUGCAGACGCAGCACAACCACUUUGCUAUGAACUGCAUGAAUGUGUACGUGAACAUCAAUAGAAUCAUGUCGGUGGGAAAUCGUCUUCUGGAGUCCGGCCACUACGCCUCGCAGCAGAUCCAGCAGAUCUCAAGCCAGCUAGAACAAGAAUGGAAAGCCUUUGCUGCAGCACUGGACGAACGCAGCACUCUGCUGGAGAUGUCUGCCAGCUUCCACCAAAAAGCAGAUCAGUACAUGAGCAAAGUGGAGCCGUGGUGUAAAGCAUGUGGUGAAGGAGAGCUGCCCACUGAACUCCAAGACCUAGAAGAUACAAUCCACCAUCACCAGGGACUUUAUGAACACAUCACCACUGCAUACUCAGAGGUAAGCCAGGAUGGAAAAUCUUUACUGGACAAACUACAGCGACCUCUGACUCCCGGAAGUGCUGAUUCACUCAUGGCAUCGGCUAACUACUCCAAGGCUGUGCACCAUGUCCUAGACAUCAUCCAUGAGGUGUUGCAUCACCAGAGGCAACUCGAAAACAUCUGGCAGCAUCGUAAAGUGCGACUGCACCAGCGCCUGCAGCUGUGUGUCUUCCAGCAAGACGUACAGCAAGUGUUGGACUGGAUAGAAAACCACGGAGAGGCCUUCCUCAGCAAACACACUGGUGUUGGAAAGUCUCUGCACAGAGCCAGGGCUCUACAAAAGAGACACGAAGACUUUGAAGAGGUUGCACAGAACACCUACACCAAUGCUGACAAGUUGCUGGAGGCAGCAGAGCAGCUGGCCCAGACCGGAGAGUGUGACCCAGAGGAAAUUUAUCAGGCAGCCCACCAGCUAGAAGAUCGCAUCCAGGACUUUGUGCGUCGCGUUGAGCAACGCAAAGUUCUGUUGGACAUGUCUGUGGCUUUUCACACACACGUUAAAGAGCUGUGGACAUGGUUGGAAGAGCUUCAGAAGGAGCUGCUGGAUGAUGUGUACGCUGAGUCUGUGGAAGCAGUUCAGGACCUGAUAAAGCGAUUCGGCGGGCAGCAGCAGACCACCCUGCAGGCAACUGUCAACGUUAUCAAGGAGGGAGAGGACCUCAUACAGCAGCUCAGAGACUCAGCUAUUUCCAGCAACAAGACCCCCCACAACAGCUCCAUGGCACACAUCGAGAGCGUGUUGCAGCAGUUGGACGAGGCUCAGGGUCAGAUGGAGGAACUGUUCCAGGAAAGGAAGAUCAAACUAGAGCUCUUCCUGCAGCUCCGCAUCUUUGAGAGGGAUGCAAUAGACAUUAUCUCAGACCUGGAGUCAUGGAAUGAAGAACUGUCCAAGCAGAUGAAUGACUUUGACACCGAGGAUCUGACUCUGGCUGAGCAGAGGCUUCAGCAUCAUGCGGACAAAGCUCUGACCAUGAACAACCUCACCUUUGACGUCAUCCACCAGGGACAGGAGCUGCUGCAGUAUGUCACAGAGGUCCAAGCAUCUGGUGUAGAGCUGCUGUGUGACAGAGAUGUUGAUAUGGCGACUCGGGUUCAGGACCUGCUGGAGUUUCUUCAUGAGAAGCAACAGGAGUUGGAUCUGGCUGCAGAACAGCACAGGAGACACUUAGAACAGUGUGUCCAGUUAAGACAUCUACAAGCUGAGGUCAAACAGGUGCUGGGUUGGAUCCGUAAUGGAGAGUCGAUGCUGAACGCCGGUCUCAUCACCGCCAGCUCAUUACAGGAAGCUGAACAACUGCAAAAGGAGCACGAACAAUUCCAACAUGCAAUAGAGAAAACCCAUCAGAGUGCACUCCAGGUCCAGCAGAAGGCCGAAGCUCUUCUCCAGGCCAACCACUACGACAUGGAUAUGAUCAGAGACUGUGCAGAGAAGGUGGCAGACCACUGGCAGCAGCUGAUGUUGAAGAUGGAGGACAGACUUAAACUGGUUAAUGCUUCUGUGGCCUUCUACAAGACAUCAGAACAGGUGUGCAGUGUGUUAGAAAGCCUUGAGCAGGAGUACAAGAGGGAAGAAGACUGGUGCGGCGGUGCUGAUAAACUGGGUCCGAACAGUGAAACCGACCAUGUCACUCCUAUGAUAAGCAAACAUCUGGAGCAGAAAGAGGCUUUUCUCAAGGCCUGCACAUUAGCCAGACGUAAUGCAGAUGUUUUCCUGAAGUACCUGCACAGAAACAGUGUCAACAUGCCCGGCAUGUUGUCCCACGUCAAAGCGCCCGAGACUCAAGUCAAGAAUAUCCUAAAUGAGCUCCUACAGAGAGAGAACAGAGUCCUUCACUUCUGGACCAUGAGGAAAAGGAGGCUGGACCAGUGCCAGCAAUACGUGGUGUUUGAGAGAAGUGCCAAACAGGCUCUGGAGUGGAUCCAUGACACCGGCGAGUUCUACCUGUCCACACACACGUCCACCGGGUCCAGCAUUCACCACACACAGGAGCUGCUGAAGGAGCAUGAAGACUUCCAGAUCACCGCCAAGCAAACCAAAGAGCGGGUAAAGCUGUUGAUCCAGCUGGCAGAUGGGUUUUGUGAAAAGGGCCACGCCCAUGCCCUAGAAAUAAAGAAAUGGGUGUCCUCAGUGGACAAGCGCUACAGGGACUUUUCUCUUCGCAUGAACAAAUACCGAACCAGCCUGGAAACCGCGCUUGGCAUCUCCUCUGAUUCAAACAAGGCUAGUAAAGAACUGCAUUUGGACAUCAUCCCAGCCACCGCUCCAGGGUCAGAGGUCAAGCUGAGGGAUGCAGCCCACGAGCUCAACGAGGAGAAAAGGAAGUCAGCACGAAGGAAAGAAUUUAUAAUGGCUGAGCUGAUUCAAACAGAGAAGGCCUACGUCAGAGACCUGCGAGAGUGUAUGGAUACAUACCUGUGGGAGAUGACCAGUGGUGUGGAGGAGAUUCCUCCUGGUAUUGUCAACAAGGAGCACAUCAUCUUUGGGAACAUGCAGGACAUCUACGAGUUUCAUCACAACAUCUUCCUGAAAGAGCUAGAGAAGUACGAGCAGCUUCCAGAGGAUGUCGGCCAUUGUUUUGUGACCUGGGCUGAUAAGUUCCAGAUGUAUGUGAACUACUGUAAGAACAAACCUGAUUCCACUCAGCUCAUCCUGGAACAUGCUGGACCCUAUUUUGAUGAAAUCCAACAAAGACACCGUCUUGCCAACUCCAUCUCCUCUUACCUGAUAAAGCCAGUCCAGCGGAUCACUAAAUACCAGCUGCUUCUCAAGGAGUUGUUGACAUGCUGUGAGGAGGGAAAAGGUGAAAUUAAGGACGGUCUAGAAGUGAUGCUCAGUGUCCCCAAGAGAGCCAACGAUGCCAUGCAUCUCUCCAUGUUGGAUGGGUUCGACGGGAACAUUGACUCCCAGGGAGAGUUGAUACUCCAGGAGUCCUUCCAGGUUUGGGAUCCCAAGACUCUGAUUCGGAAGGGUCGUGACAGACACCUGUUCCUCUUUGAGAUGUCUCUUGUCAUCAGCAAGGAAGUGAAAGACUCUAAUGGACGCAGCAAAUAUCUCUACAAAAGCAAGCUCUUUACGUCGGAGCUCGGAGUGACAGAACAUGUGGAGGGAGAUCCGUGUAAAUAUGCCCUCUGGGUGGGCAGGACACCGACCUCGGACAACAAGAUUGUUCUCAAGGCAUCAAGCAUAGAAAACAAGCAAGACUGGAUCAAACACAUCAGGGAGGUGAUCCAGGAGCGAACGGUCCACCUGCGUGGAGCUCUGAAGGAGCCCAUCCACAUCCCCAAAGCCACCACUACCAAACACAAGGGCAGACGGGACGGAGAGGAGCUGGACAGCCAGGGAGACGCCAGCAGCCAGCCAGAUACCAUCUCUAUUGCCUCACGUACAUCCCAAAACACACUGGACAGUGAUAAGCUCUCCGGUGGAUGUGAGUUGACCGUGGUGAUGCAUGACUUCAUGGCCAGUAAUGGGGGCAGCAACGGGGGUAGCAACGGGGAGCUCACAGUUCGCCGAGGCCAGACAGUGGAGAUUCUGGAGCGGCUCCAUGACAAGCCGGACUGGUGCUUGGUCCGAACCACAGACCGCUCCCCCGCCCAGGAGGGGAUCGUGCCCUGCUCCAUCCUCUGUAUCGCUCACUCGCGCUCCUCCAUGGAAAUGGAGGGGCUCUUCAACCACAAAGACACCUUGUCCGUGUCCAGCAAUGAUGCCUUGCAGCCUGGCUCCAGCCAAACCCUGGGGCCGCACAGCUCUCCGGGCCCCAAACGUCCUGGGAACACCUUAAGAAAGUGGCUAACGAGCCCCGUGCGGAGACUCAGCUCUGGAAAAGCAGAUGGCCAUGUCAAGAAGCUCGCCCACAAGCACAAGAAAAACCGCGACGGCACCAGGAAGAACAUGGACACCAUGGUUGGCUCGCAGAAGGACUCUGACGACAGCGCAGCCACGCCACAGGAUGAGACCCUGGAGGACCGUAUGCGCAAUGAAGGGUUGAGCAGUGGCACCCUGUCCAAGAGCUCUUCAUCAGGAAUGCAGAGCUGUGGCGAGGAGGAAGGAGAGGAGGGGGCUGAUGCUGUUCCUCUACCUCCACCGAUGGCGAUUCAGCAGCACAGCUUGCUGCAGCCUGACUCUCAGGAUGACAAGUCUGCAUCUCGACUGUCGACUCGGCCUAGCAGCUCAGAGACGCCGAGCGCUGCCGAACUGGUUAGUGCCAUCGAGGAGUUGGUGAAGAGCAAGAUGUCCCUGGAGGACCGUCCCAGCUCUUUAUCGGUGGAGCAAGGUGACAGCAGCUCUCCAUCUCUCAACCCUUCAGAUAACUCCCUCCUCUCCUCCUCUUCACCCAUCGAUGAGAUGGAAGAACGCAAAUCAGGCUUCCUUAAGAGGAGACAUUACGUGUUACUGGAGCUGGUGGAAACCGAAAGAGACUAUGUUAGAGAUCUGGGAUCAGUGGUGGAGGGCUACAUGAGCAGGAUGAAAGAGGAAGGAGCCCCAGAUGACAUGAGAGGAAAAGACAAGAUCGUCUUUGGAAACAUCCAUCAGAUCUAUGAUUGGCACAAAGAUUUCUUCCUGGGAGAGCUUGAGAAGUGUCUGGAGGAUCCCGACAGGCUCGCUUCUUUGUUUAUCAAACAGGAGCGGAGGCUGCACAUGUACAUCGUGUACUGCCAGAACAAGCCUAAAUCUGAGCACAUCGUGUCAGAGUACAUCGACACCUACUUUGAGGACCUCAAGCAGCGAUUGGGACACAGAUUGCAGAUCACAGAUCUGUUGAUCAAACCAGUCCAACGCAUCAUGAAGUACCAGCUCCUGCUGAAGGAUCUUCUCAAAGUCUCUAAGAAAGCAGGAGCAGAUACGACAGAGCUGGAGAAAGCUGUAGAAGUGAUGUGCGUGGUCCCAAAGCGCUGCAACGACAUGAUGAACGUUGGAAGGCUUCAAGGUUUUGAUGGUAAGAUUGUGGCUCAGGGCCGACUGCUCCUGCAGGACACCUUCAUGGUUUCAGACCAGGAUGGAGGCCUCCUGUCCAGAAUGAAAGAGAGGAGAGUUUUCCUCUUCGAGCAGAUUGUUAUAUUCAGUGAGCCUCUGGACAAAAAGAAGGGCUUCUCUUCUCCUGGCUACCUCUUCAAAAAUAGCAUCAAGGUGAGUUGUUUGGGUCUGGAAGAAUAUGCAGAGGACCCAUGCAAGUUCACGCUGAUUUCCAGAUCUUCCAGUGGAAACCUUGAGAGGUUCACCCUCCAUUCAACAAGCAGUGGGGUCAGUCAGGCCUGGAUCCACCAGGUCAGCCAGAUUCUGGAGAACCAGCGCAACUUUCUCAACGCUUUAACGUCACCCAUAGAGUACCAGAGGAACCAUGUGGGUGGGGGAGGACAGAGCGGACCCCCCAGCAGUAGCAGUAGUACAGGAGGGCUCCCUGGAGGUAACAGCAACCCAAACAUGGGAGGUGGAGGAGGAGGAGGGGGAGGAGGACCUGGGGGGAACUCCUCCUCCCUCUGCGGACCUCGCUCAAGACCGUCCCGCAUCCCGCAGCCUUCCUCACGUCUCCCCCAGCCAGUACAUCACCAUCACCCCCCGGGCCCUGAGGGGCCCGACAGAUCAGCAGGUAUGUGGUCACCCAGCCACCCCCAGUCCUGUCAGCCCCACCCCCGUUACCCUUACCCAGACAGCACGAUAAACGGGGAGCUGUUAGCCUCUGGGAGUCCUAAGAUGAGGAGACUGGAUAGAAGUAACUGUAGUAAAAACCCUUUAGGCGGUAUGGAUGGUGGCUUCAGAGAGGUUCUAGGGGGCUACGAGGAGAACCAGAAGCAUCAAGUAGCCGCAGUCCCUCGGAUGACUGUUGCUCCUUUGAGUUUUCCCAUCAAAAGCUCUCGAGUUGGGACAGUGUCCCCCCUUAUUUCACCUCAAUCCCCAGAAGGAGGAAAAGAACCAUGUGUCCCUUCAAUCCCAGCACAUAAAGGGAACCCUUUUUGGGCUGUGGUACCCCCCAUGCCUCCCUCUCCUGCUAGCAGGGCAGGCUCCUUCUCCUUCCCCAGUGACACUAGUGGUGGAAGUGACUCUUUGGGCAGAGGAAGUCUCGGGUCGUCGUCCUACCACCGCAACUCCAACCACAGUAAGGAUGUAGACCGCAUGAGCACCUGCUCCUCCACCAGCGAGCAGUCCAUAAACUCCUCCCAGAGCAACGGGCAGAGUGAAAACAGCAACAGCAGCAGCAGCGUGUCCACCAUGCUGGUGACGCAGGACUAUGUGGCAGUGAAGGAGGAUGAGAUCAGUGUGGUGCAGGGUGAGGUGGUCCAGAUGCUUGCCAGCAACCAGCAGAACAUGUUCCUGGUGUACCGAGCCUCCAAUGAGCACUCGCCUGCCGCUGAGGGCUGGAUACCUGGCUAUGUGUUAGGACAUACCUCAUCCUCUACCACACCAGAGCUAACCGAAGGAACCAUAAAAAAAUCAUUGUCAUGGCAUACGGCGCUGCGCAUCCGUCGAAAGUCUGAGAAAAGAGAUAAGGAGGGCAACGGCUACCGCAAGUCUCAGGACAGUCUGACUAACAAGGUCUCAGUCAAGCUUUCAAAUCCCAGCUACAUCUGCGAUGCACCUCCAGAAUUCCUCAUUCCUCUCAGCGAUGCAUCGUGUGAGAGCGGUGAGAGCAUCACCUUGAGGUGUAAACUCUGUGGCCGACCUCGGGCCUCUGUCUCUUGGCGAGGACCUGAGAACAACAUCCUGAGUAACAAUGAACGCUACAGCCUCACAUACAGCGAGACAGGAGAGGCAGCUCUGCAUGUUCUGGGAGUGUCUCUGGAGGACAGUGGUGUGUAUACCUGCGUGGCCACAAACAUAGCAGGCAGCAUCGCCUCCUCUGCCAGCCUUACUGUGUCAGCUCCUGAUGAUGGCAGUGAAGACAUCUGGAAAAGUAGCUUUGAGUUCUUCUACACAGAGAUUACUGAACUUGGAAGGGGCCGCUUCUCAGUGACUAAGAGGUGUGACCAGAGAGGGAGCAAACGCACCAUCGCAGCCAAACACGUCAACAAGAAGCUGCUGCGUAGAGAACAGGUGCUGCAGGAGAUCAGACUUCUCCAAACUCUGGACCAUCCCAACCUGGUCAGACUGCUGGACACAUAUGAGACGGCCAACAGCUACGUCCUUGUCCUGGAGAUGGCAGAUCAGGGACGUUUCCUGGACUACAUCGUGAGCUGGGGUAACCUGACGGAGGAGAAGGUGGCUUUAUACCUCAGAGAUAUUCUCGAGGCCCUUCAUUAUCUGCACAGCUGGAAGAUAGCACACCUUGAUCUCAAACCUGAGAACAUCGUGGUGGAACAUGUGUCCUGUCAGCCUGUGAUCAAGCUGACAGACUUGGGCGACGCUGCUCAACUGAGCCAUCGUUCCUCCUAUAUCCAUCCUCUCCUGGGAAGCCCUGAGUUCUCUGCUCCUGAACUGAUCCUGGGUCAGCCCGCGUCUCUGAUGUCUGACCUCUGGAGUUUAGGUGUGGUGACCUAUGUUCUUCUGAGCGGCGCCUCUCCAUUCCUGGAUGAAAGCCUGGAAGAGACGUGUCUGAACAUCUGUCGCCUGGACUUCAGCUUCCCCGAGGACUACUUCCAGGGUGUGAGCACGGCUGCCAGGGACUUUGUCUGCCUGCUGCUCCAGGGUGAGCCGGAGCGACGCCCCCCCGCUGUGUCCUGCCUGCAAGAGCCGUGGCUCCAGCCUCCGGGCGUGUCGAACCGAGAUGAAGGAUACAGGCCUUUUAAUCACACCCCACCGUCGCCGAUUCAUUACAGCAACCACCUGGACACGUCCAGGCUCAUCUCUUUCAUCGAGCGGCGGAAACACCAGAAUGACGUUCGGCCCGUGGGCGCCGUUAAGGCCUUCCUCCAAAGCCGUCUUCACAAUCACACCUGAAUCUCACAAAAGGAAGAGAAGGGUAGAUUGAAUUCCUGCAGGUGCCGCUCUCGUCCCCUCUUCCUUCACAAAGCCACAGAAGUCCUGCUGCUGCUGCUGACUGACCUAUGACCCCUCCCACCCACCCCUCCUACUAAACUAUUGGCAUUUUUCAUGCCUGCACAAAAAAAACAAACUGUUGGAAUCUGUUUAAGUUUUCCAACCUUGACUCAGCAGGGAGAAACCUGUUUUCUCAACAAGCUAACACGAGGGAAUCUCACGUCUGGGACAGUGUUGAACAAAGAAAACUAGAGUACUGUAUCAUAGGAACAAUUCAGGCUGCUUUCGGUUGAACAAAAGAAAAAAUGUUUUUGUAAGGAGAGAUUACUUUUUUUGUAAAUGAAACCAUGUACAGUCGGGGAUUACAGAGAACUGUCUUAACGCUGACCUUUCUGAAAGUCGGCAAAGUCGAUGGAAAAGCAGAAAAAUAGUAUAGAUACACAGAAUCUCAUCAGCUGUGGCGCCCAUCAGCAGGGUCCACCUGGUCAAGACAGAGCUACCAAACCAGGUUUUCCAGAGAGACACAAAAGUUACAUUCUGUGCAAUAGUUUGCUUAUCUUUAUCACCCCGCCUCAGUUCAAAAGGUUAAAUCCUAAACAGAAAAAUAGAAAAUAGCUUGAUCAACCAGUGAAUAAAUCAUUUGGCAUAAAAAAAGCAUAUUUGGCAAAGCUUCACAGAUCUCGAGCUGCAUCCGCCUUAGUUGUAAAUAAUGUUUUCCUGCUUUAAAAAUGUUCCUUCAUCUUUUAAUUUGAAGAAUUUAUCCUCAAACAAACAAGAAGCUAUUUUGUCUGCCAGGCUUCAGCGAGUCAGGCAGACGAAACCUAGAAAUGCACUCGUGUUUUGCAUCAGCUCUCAUGUGCAAUGUUGCAGCUUUUCCAUGUGUGCAACUAUUUAUGAAGUCUUGUGUUGUAGCCGUAUUCUUAAAGAGGCAUGUAUGUACUCGGUACUGCAAUUAGAUGUCUGUAUUGUGUUACCUUUUAUGUAUUAAGUUCAGUAUUAAAAAUCUGCUGAAAAAUAACAGCAAAAGCCCUACAGCUGAGAGGGGUUUUCGGAAAUAAUGUAUAGAAAUGUGUAUCUAUCAAAUCCAGACGCUUAAGCUUUCGUUCUGUCUUUGUUAUGCUUUUAUUUUCUGUAACAAAACCAAAGUUGGCUACUUUUUCUUUUCUAUUCUUUCACUUUCAUGUUUUGUUCUAUUUAUCUUCUUAAGUUAUGCUGAGGUAUGAGUGUUUACAAAUGUCCAGUGUGGUUUUAUUUAUUCCUAAUGAGCUAUUGUUUGGUGGCUUUUCUCCUGGACAAACAGAUUCCUCGUGUCUAUUUUCACGCCGUGUACAAAAGUGGUUUUUCUGUGCGAGUUUGGCUUUUGUAGGUAGAUGCUGGUGUUUGUUUCUAGGUUUUUCUUUUAUUUUCUGUAUGCUUUUAUUCAACAAUUUAUUUACAUCUUUACUGAGCAAUAGCAAAAAAUUAAAAGACAAAAAAUUGGGGAAAUUGAUUUUAGGGGACACUAUUUAAAUGUAAAUCUUUGAUUAAAUCAGCAUUGACAGCAUAUAUUAAUCCUGAUGAGUUUUGGGGCUGAGAGGUUAAUCCUCUUUUCUUGAAGUGCCAGGUGAGAGAAACAAACCUAAUCACGAGCGGGGAAACGGAAGAGAAAAUGUAUUGUUUCCUGUUCGAUGUCGGUUCUUUUGAUUUGCUGUUUAAGGAGCCGACAUGUGGUCGGGUUUCUGUACAAUCUCACAUUUUGUGUGACUUUAUUUAUAAGUGUGGGUUUUUCAAAGAAGUGCUGUUUUGAUCUCUUCGUCAGAUUCAGCCACAAGUUCCGGGAAGGAUCCAAGAGAAGUUCUGAAAUGUCUUUGGGAGACGUGUGUCAUAUAAAGUUGUACAGAGAAGGGUCGGGCCAUCGGCCCACUACCCAGGAUGUAAAACCGCUCCUAUUUUUAAAAACACCAGACUGCAGCAAUGUCAUCAUGAAUGUCUGACACAUUCUUACUUUUGCAUGUACAUUUCUCUGUACAGAAGAUUGUGUUUACAUGUCAUUACGUUUUGUAAAUAAUUUAUUUUGUCCAUGUUAUUUUGCCAUUAAAUGUACAAGGAACAGACA